CCAGAGAGGGCCCCAGCAGCCAUCCAGGAAAAUCUGCAUUAUAUAAGAAUCCCUGAUUAAAAGACAUAGCUGAACUGAUGCUAGACUAAACAGUUCGAUUUGGGAUGAUGCUGAGAAAAGGGCAGGUCAUAAAGCUCAGCGUGAAGCAGCAGUGCAGUGAACAUCAUCAGGAGCUAUUAUUCAGCUGAAGCAACGGUUUACACAGAAAACGGCUCUUUUCAUUUAUUACUACUGUAAAAGGUCUGAGAUGAGUAAAGUGGUCACUGAGCUUCUUUGGCUGUUGCUGACGCUGGGAGCAGUCUCAGCUCAAGGAGAGGCAGCACAGCGAGCUCUCCCGAACUGGUUGACGGGAAUUGUGGCCGUGGCUGUCUUUCUCUUCCUGGUCUUUGUCGCUUUUCUUGUCAACAAAGCCUGGUGUGAGACUCCGAGUACGAGCCAGGAGCUCAAACGUGAAGUGACCAGCAAUGAAUAUUCAAUGACCAACGGCACAAACCUGGACUCAGUCAGGAGCGGCGAGCACCACGAGGCUUACGACAACGUGAUUGUCCACAAAACUGAAACAGAAAAAAUUACUGCCAUGUGAAAGUGAGAAAUCAGUGAGACAGUAACACACAUGUUUUUCCUUUCCACACAUAACAGAUUCAAACAUGACACAUACACUCCUGUUUCUUCACGCUGGUUUCUACUGGAUAAUUAAUCACUGCACUGAAUGCAUAAGCAUACAGCACCGUGCAAAAAUCAGAGACCACCCCUUGCUUCUUUACUUUACACUCAAAACAGUCAUUAAGGAUAAGUUAUUCACUUUUCAGGAGAUAUUUCUGAGAA